AUGGCGCUGUCUACUAUCACAGCAGACUACUACGCGGUGCUCGGGGUCACCCAGACUGCCACCACCAACGAGAUCAUCAGAGCCUACAAAUUCCGAGCGGCAGAGGCCCAGGUCAAAAAAGCCCACGGACAACCAGCGAUCGACCACCACUCUCUGUGGAAGGCCUACGACACGUUGAGGGACGAAGACCGCCGUCAAGCGUACGAUCCAACGUACUCUCCCCCUAACUCAGCUGCCCCCAUCACCGAGCAAGCACCCACGUGGGAAAACAACAUGUUUGCACGGCCCCCCGAGGAACUCCAGGACCCUUUUCUAGAAUUCGGUGAUCCGCUGCCUCCGGGCUACCGCCCUUUGGGGCUUCCGGGUGAUUCUAAUGAUCCCAUCUACCGCUUGAACAACCGCAUCGUCGAUCUCGGCACAGCUCACACCAACCGAAUCGGCGCGCCAGGCCGCCCAGCAUCUUCGUCCGAAUCCGCUCCGACCGUCAAUGAAGGAGGCUCUGAGGAAAGCGAGGGAAUCGAAGCAGAGGAUGAUGGUGAAGAUGAAGCUUAA